AAGAUUGAACGGGAUUUCACGAUUGAUGGAAGAACGACGACGAGCAACACUGUACGCGGACCCCUUGUCACUUUCCCUCAUCGACUUAACCUUUAAACUCCGGUGUUGUACCGCUUGCUAAACAUCGGCCCUCUUCUGUCGGUCCAGGAUAGUUUUAAUCUGCCGUUUUCUUGGAAAUUUCACCGGUUUUUUUUUUCCGACUUCGUUUCCAAUGAUAAUGGCAAGUUUGCCGUGCUUCGAUUGAUCCGCGAGCGACGAGGACAAGCGGUGCCUCUUCACGACAGUAAUAGCUCGCUUGCAUCAUUUCCCCUCAACAUUGCAAACACCAUUUGAGCUUUAAUAUAAUUUAUUUACAAGAGAAUGGACGAUACAAGCAAUCUCGACAGGCAGAUAGAACAGUUAAAGAAAUGUGAGAUCAUCAAAGAAGAUGAAGUCAAAGCCCUUUGUGCAAAGGCAAGAGAGAUUCUGGUUGAAGAGAGCAACGUUCAGCGUAUCGACUCUCCUGUUACGGUUUGUGGAGAUAUUCACGGACAAUUUUAUGACCUGAAAGAACUUUUUAAAGUUGGUGGAGAUGUUCCUGAAACAAAUUAUCUUUUUAUGGGAGACUUUGUCGAUAGAGGUUUCUACAGCGUCGAAACAUUUUUAUUACUUCUUGCAUUAAAGGUACGCUACCCUGAUAGGAUAACAUUAAUAAGGGGUAACCACGAAUCACGUCAAAUCACCCAAGUUUAUGGAUUCUACGAUGAAUGCCUAAGGAAAUACGGUAGUGCGACUGUCUGGAAGUACUGUACAGAGAUAUUCGACUAUUUAAGCCUUUCUGCUAUAAUCGAUGGAAAAAUAUUUUGUGUGCACGGUGGACUAUCUCCUUCAAUCCAAACACUCGAUCAAAUUAGAAUAAUUGAUAGGAAACAAGAAGUACCUCAUGACGGGCCUAUGUGCGAUUUACUUUGGUCUGAUCCAGAAGAUACCCAAGGCUGGGGCGUAUCUCCGAGAGGCGCUGGUUAUCUUUUUGGAUCUGACGUCGUAGCCCAGUUCAACAUAGCCAACCAAAUAGACAUGAUUUGUAGAGCCCACCAGCUAGUGAUGGAGGGGUACAAAUGGCAUUUCAAUGAAACUGUUCUUACUGUCUGGUCCGCACCAAAUUAUUGUUACAGGUGUGGAAAUGUGGCAGCUAUAUUAGAAUUAAAUGAACACCUACAAAGGGAUUUCACAAUUUUUGAAGCUGCACCACAAGAUUCUCGUGGCGUACCAUCAAAAAAGCCACAAGCCGAAUAUUUCCUGUGAAAAAACCCCAACCAGACACCUGUAAUGAAAUUCAUCAUUAGAGAUGAUAUGUGCGAUCUUAACGGUCAGUAUAAACAAUGAAACAGAAUUGACACUUUUAUUGUAAGUGAAAAUUAACUCGUUGAUUGUAAAACUAGUUAAUAUUGUAAUUAUUAUAUAAUCAAGCAUUCUGUAAGAAAUAAGAUGAACUGAAUUUUUAUUUUUUGAUACAAACCUACAUAAUCUCUGCCUCAAUGUUCAGAGCCGAUAGUUGUUAAGUGGAACCCAUUCAGACCAGUGUGCUUUAGGGGAGAAGCAGUACACAAUUUAAGUAAAUUAUUUUCCAAUAAUCAUAAAUACAGUUUUGUAUGGCAUUUUAACAAAGUUUUGUAUUGUAAUUAUCAAUUAAAUAAAAUUUCAAUUAUAAAAAAAAAAAAAUUGUCAAUAUCCACUUUCUGGUGAAUAAAAAGUCAGUUUUGUGGUGAACUUUAUUAUUGUAGUUUUUAAUUGAAACUUUGCUAUUUAUUUUAACUCAAUGAUGAAAAUGCAGUGGGUAGUAAACUUUUUCCAUUUUACAAUGAUUGUAUUAUUAUCAAAUGUUCCUGAAGAUCAUGUAGUAGCAGUGAUAGAAAUGCUAAAUUAAAUGGAAAUAUAUAAUUAAUUUUAUAA